UUUCAUAACUCCAUAGACAGCAUUUCCUUCACAAUCUGUCGACGACAUCCGACGUAUUUAUUUCAAGCUUUAUUUCAUUUAGCGCUUAAGGAUUACAUACGAAGAAGUCACAUUAGGAGUUACGGCGCAAAAAGGAGAGAUUAUCUCUCGGAAAUUAUGGAAAUUGAAUUGCCUAAAAUGCAUCCAAGCCAACAGGAUAUGGAGCUGAUAGAUAUCCUGUGGAGACAAGAUGUGGACCUGGGAGCAGGGAGGGAGGUGUUUGACCUCAUCUACAGACAGAAGGAGGUGGAGUUGCGUCGACAGCGGGAGCAGGAGGAGGAGAAGCAGCAGCAGCAGUUGCGGGAACAGGAGAAAGCUCUGCUUGCACAACUCCAGCUGGACGAGGAGACUGGGGAGUUUGUGCCACGGACCACACCGGCCGCCAGCGCUCCAACGCAAGAGAACACGACAAAUGCCGAAAUCAUACAGAAUGGGGCAUUCGCUGAGGGAGACACAAUGUCAUUUGAUGAGUGCAUGCAACUCCUAGCGGAAACUUUUCCCCUGGAUGAGCCAACAGAGCCAGCUCCGCCCUGCCUGGAUCCCUCGAUUCCCCCUUCAACAGAGCUUAUGAUGCCCCCAGACAUGCCAGGCUUUAACCAGAAUCCUAUGUUGCCAGGCUCUCUGGAUCAGGUGUGGAUGGAGUUGCUCUCCCUCCCAGAGAUGCAGCAGUGUCUGAGCAUGCAGAUGCAGGAAACAUUAGAUUUGGAUGGAUACAUGAACACAAGCCCAUCUGGAGAAGCACAGGACACAAACUACUGCCAAUACCUGCCUGGGAUGGACCAUGUCUCCUCCACCCCCACAGAGUUGUGUCCUCCUGAAUACUUCAACACUAUGGUUUCACCCAACCUCAGUCAGAUGAGCCUGAAUGGCCCAGAAGUGAGCUACAAGUUUGGAUCUGAUGAAUUGUGUAAGCAGUUUUAUCCUGAAAUGGAAGUUAAACUGAACAGCGGCUCAGUGAACUCUGAUGAAGGAAAUAUGGUCAGCCAAAUGGCUGAGAUUCCCAGCGAUCCUCCAGUGAACCCCAUGGAUCUCCACAGCUUCUCUCCUGUAAACAUCAGCUCGGGAAAACCAGAACUUAUGGUGGAAUUCCCAGAUUCUGAUUCCGGGUUGCCUCUUGAUGCCAGUCCUUAUAUGAGUUCUCCAGGGAAGUCCUUGCAUGGAGAUGGAUCCUACAGUUUUAGCGAUUCCGACUCAGAAGAUAUGGACGGUAGUCCGGGAAGCACGGAGUCAGAUUAUUCUGAGAUUUUCCCGUUGGUUUACCACAUGGAUAUUGCUCAGGUGUCUCUCUCUGAGAAAACCUCGGUAGAUCUGCAGGAGAUGAAAGUAAAAAACCCAAAGAUAGAGCCGGCAGAGGCCAGUGGCUACUCCAAACCUCCCUUCACCAAAGACAAGCAGAAGAAACGCUCCGAGGCCAGGCUCUCCCGUGACGAACAGAGAGCAAAAGCCUUGCAGAUCCCCUUCACUGUGGACAUGAUCAUCAAUCUUCCAGUAGAUGACUUCAAUGAGAUGAUGUCCAAACAACAUCUCAAUGAGGCUCAACUCGCCCUCAUCAGAGACAUCCGCCGCCGGGGCAAGAACAAAGUCGCCGCGCAGAACUGUCGCAAAAGGAAGUUGGAGAACAUUGUGGGCCUCGAGUAUGAGCUGGACUCGCUGAAGGAGGAGAAGGAAUGCUUGAUGAAGGAGAAGAGUGAACGUAGCACCAGUCUGAGAGAGAUGAAGCAACAGUUGAGUACUCUGUACCAAGAGGUAUUCAGUAUGCUUAGAGACGAGCAAGGCAGGCCUUUCUCGGCCAACAAGUACUCCCUUCAGCACACCGCAGAUGGAACUGUUUUCCUGGUUCCUCGCCUUAAAAAGACUCCCGUUAAGAACAAAUAAAUCUGUUCCAUCUCCUCUCCCCUUCCAUACUUGCUUCUGUUUUUUGGUACUGCUUUUCUCUUGCCAAAACUUUAGGCGCAACAAGUUAAUGACAAGUUAUAAAAGCAACAUGUGUCAUAACCAGCCAUUAUCGCAACAAGCAGCAGGACAAUUAUUUGCUUACUGCAUUCUAUUUCUUGGUUAAUUCUUUCAUGCCUUUAUUUUUUUUUUUUUUUUUUGUGCUAGGUAGCCUACCACCUACCAUGAAAUCUCAUUGAUCAAAAAUCCUGUUCCACAUAACUGUACAUAAAUUAUGUGUUCCAUUCAACUCAAAAAGUUUACAUUUCUUACAAGGAAGUGCAGUGGAACGCCAUUUGAUGCUAGACUCAAACUUGCGUGGUUAUCGGCAACUUCGAUUUCGCUGAGGUGCAACUGCGUGACAUCAUGAAAUCAUUUCAGCACUCAUGGAGUUAAUGAUAAUAGCAUUCACUUUUCUUGAAAAAUAUCCAAUGAGCUAACUUUCCUUCAUUACAAAAUAAAACGUUUGCAGGUACAGGUAAUCGAAAAAAGUAAAUUAUACUCCUUUGAUACUGUAAACCUGUAGAAUAAAUGCUAGCAAUGCUGAGAGUCCCCCAGCCACUGGGUGUUGCAUCAGGAAAGUCAUCCAGUGUAAAACCUGUGCCAAGUCAAAUAUGUGGAUCAUGAAUGGUCUGCUGUGGCGACCACGAACAGGAGCAGCCGAAAGAAGAAAUGCUAGCAAUGCUAUAUCAUUUGCCAAUUUAGUUACAGUUGUUUAAUUACACGCCAUUUUCCAAGCAUCUGGCAAUUGAAUGUCUUUAUGGUUGGAGAUCGAAGAUGCCAAGUGUCCCUCAUCCGACUGAAUGGAACACACCAUAAACUUAGAAUAUGUUCUGAUGGGCUGUGAGUGUGUCACAUUGUGCUCAGUUUCACAUUUAAUGCAGACUUAAUGGAAGGAAACUUGUUGCAUGAUGCCUGGUUAGGAUAUGGUGCAAGUUUUAUGAAAAGAAAAACUAAAAAGGAGCGUAUUUUGCUUAUACAUCAACUGAUGAAAUGGCAGAACUAUUAUAUAAAUUUUGUGUAUUCUACUUUCCUAAUUUUCUUAAUCUGUGCUAGAUUUUCUACUCCUUUAUAUUUUCUCUGAGAUUCUUUUACCUACGUGGUUUGUAAAUAAAUUUAUACUUUAUUUGCUGUUGAAAUAGGAUAAAUGUACUGUAUAUAAAAAUAGAUUCUACAUUCUAGUAUGUUAAUAACUGCAGUGAUUAUAUUAAGUUAGCACUUAAGUCAGAUUUUAUAUCUUAAUUUACAAUUGUAU